ACCAAGUGAACAUGGCGGCAUAUUCAGUUCAUUCAGCCACCACAAACAAUUAUUUUAGUUUAGAUGAUAUUUUGGCUAGUCAAGAAAAAAUACCAUGCACAUUUAACAUCGAAGUAGCAUCCAUGGGCUAUCUGGAUCAAAGUACAAAAGAUGCAGACAUUAGUGCUGGUACCAAGCUGGAACUUCCAUUCUGGCUGGCUCGUUACUUGAACAGAGGGACAAGAAGCAUUGUAGAUUUAGAAACUCCCAAGACAUAUAGAGAGGGCUAUAGACAUAUUUUUACAGCUGACCCUAAUGUUGUCGAUUUACACAGACUUGGACCUUAUUUUUAUUUGUUUGGAGGAAAAUUACUUUCCUUAAACUUAGCAGAUGCUGAUGAUAUUGCUAAUGUUCUCUUAAAGACAUUCCAAGGCCGGUUUCGGCGCAUUAUGGAUGGCUCACAAAAUGCAUUGCACACAGAUAUUACGACCCAAACAAGCUUACUUGAUGAACAGGAACGGCAAAUUUUUGCAGCUGGACAGCUGAGUUUCCAUGAUUUUCAAAAGUGGGAGAGUAGAGAAUCUGAAAAGCUAUGUACUUCUGUUAUGGUUGCUAACCAUAGAAAAAGGAAACGUAUUGGCUUUAUUUCACAAUCAACAUAAAUGUUAUCUUUAGUUAAAUAUUAAAUUUCUUUAAAAAUAAAUCAUUUUCAUGAAAUAAAAACAAGAUUUGUAAAUAUUUUUGUAUAUAAAUAUAAAAGAAUUUGAAAAAGAAUUAAUGUAUUGAUAAUAAUUAUAAACAAAUUGUGUUUUUAAUAAAAAUGUUCAUAAAUUGGUUAAUAGAAUUACAAAAUAUGUAAAGGGUUCUGUGGACUCUUUGCAUGGGAAAAGUUAACCAACCAGUUUUAUACUUAUGCACAUGCUUGUAACAAUUCAUAAUGAAUAAUUACACUGUAUGUUUUGUAGCAAGAAAUGAGAUGUUAAUGUAUCAAAUACCUGUAAAUUGUGUUCUUAAUUAAUUUACUCACUAUUUUUCUGAGACAGGCAAGUAAAUUGCAUAUAAAUGAAUGUUGCUUUAUAAAUAAAAGCAGUAAUUUCAA